GGUGGUUUGUGCGUUUGUCGGUAUGUUGUGUGACUGAGUGGUGUUGGUGGUGCCAAUGCCAAGGUCUUCGUCAGAAGGUGGCGGUGGUGGCACCCACACACACACACAUACACAUGCACUCCAGCUGCCCUGCUGUCCAACUGGAUUCGACAAUGCCCUCACAUGUGUAAAAGGUACCGAUUGGCGAAGGGGAGAGCCAGAGAGCGAGGAGAGAGGCCAAAAUGGCGUAGCGUAUAGAUGGACCCAUGUAAGACAGUCUGUGUUUCUGCACACGAAGCAAAGGCCAGAAAUGUUUGCAUCGUCCGUCUCGGGUGAGACGGUGGGUCUCCGACUCGGUCGCGUCCCGUGUCUUCUGCCCUGUCCGCCCCUUCCUCCUCCCUCUCCUCCCGCUCCUGCUGCGUCGUCGCCUCGCAACAUGCAUCCCUCGUGCCGCCUCGAAGUGACCCCUGCCGCUGCUUGCGAAAGCGGGAGUGAGAAAUGAAGUGAAGAGGAAAAACCGAGAAAUGUAACGAGAAAAAAAGUGAAAGAGUGCGAGAAAAGGGGGUAACAGAAAAACAAUUCAGUGUCAUCACGAUCCACUCUCCUCUUUUUCUACUGCUUAGGGAUCUUGGUCUCUCCUUUCUCCGUGAUGUCGCUAAGAUACCGCCCGUCAGUGUAGAGCGAGUCAACUCGCCCUCCCAUCCUCAAGAGAGAGAGAGAGAGAGAGAGAGAGAGAGAGAGAGAGAUAGAGAAAGAAGAGAGAGAGAGAGAGAGAGUUGGGGGUGGUUCGCCAAGCCUCGGCCGCUACGACCACCACCUAGUACUACAUCACCUUUCAGCACCUCUGAUCAUCACGGGGCUCUUGUGCUGCGGCAUCCUCGCCUUCUCCGUGGAGCGUCAGCUCGAGAAGGACCUUCUGCACCUUUGGUUGUCUCCAUCAUUAUGUCCAGCAUGUAUCUGGCAGUGUCCUCUUGCAUCUGCUGCAGGUACCCCAAAAUCCGCACUCACGAAGGCAGCGGACUGACAAUCCGCAUCCCCCGCCAGCUGAGCGAGCGGACUGCCAACCAUCCCGCCCACCACCCUCUAGUUUCCCCGGACACCCAAGCCCGCUCCAACACCCCAGUCACAAAAUCCAAGAGCCUCACCACCAGCAUGGACAAGCUCACCUCAUCCCAGCACCACCAGCAGCAGCAACAGCAGCAGCAGCAGCAUCAACAUAGCAGUGGAGGGUCAUCCCGCGAGUCCUCGCGGCCCUGUUCACGGGGCUCCACACCGUCCAGUAGCAGGUCAUCGGCCCCCUCUCGACCCCCGUCCCGCAGAUCUUUUCCGAAUAGGUCAUCACGCUCUCCUGAUCGACAUACUCCCGAACACGAAGAGCGUUGUGGCAAGACCAAUUCACCUUGUGGCAGCGAAGUGUCCCUCCACUCUGUCAAAUCGGCUGCCUCGGCCAAGUCCAGUGCAUCAGCCAAGUCGAGCCUUUCAGCGAAAUCUAAUGCAUCAUCGACCAGGUCAAAUCUGUCAGUCCGAUCUAGUGCUUCAGCUAAGUCCAAUGGAUCCGCCAAGUCAGAUACCUCUAGGUCACCAAGAAAGACCUCCAAUCUUUCUGCUGGAUCCUCGAAACAGUCGCUGAAGAGCACCACGCCCAAAUCUACCAAGGCCAGGUCUCCUGCACCUACACAUGGCAGCACCCACACCCCGUCACAUACGCCUGCACGUAGGCGCAGCACAGCCUCCAAUGUGUCGUCCGCCUCAAGUGGAGAAGCCGCUCAACAAAAUGGGAUGGCUAACCAGGACCACAAUUCAACAGCCUCAUCAAGGCGGACUACUCCUCCUCGACAAACCCCCAAUCGAACUUCUGGCUGUGGCACACCAAGUGGCACUGGCACCCCACGACAUCUGGCAAAUAAGAAGCCACUUCCUGUAUUUAACUCCUACAUGAGUUUAUUCCAAGUACAGGAGAAACUCAAGAAGGGAGAAGUUAUUGAGGGAGUCUUGAGAAUUAAUCCCAAAAAUUAUGAAGAUGCGUAUAUCAGCGCGCCGGACGGGGCGAUGGACAUUUAUAUUGGCGGGGUACGUGACCGCAACGCUGCCCUGCACGGAGAUGUGGUUGUGGUGGAAAUUAAACCCCAUGACCAGUGGAAGGUGCUGUAUGAACAAUUAGAUGAGUAUUUAGAAAAUAAACCCCAUGAACUAAGUAUUGUAUAUAAACCUCUGGAGUAUGGUAUAUCUGCUUCAGUGUCCUCCAGUGCUGCUUCCCCAUAUAACCAUAUGUCUUAUAAAACUAAUUACAAACCAGCUAUUCAGGUAAAGGAAAACAGAAUAGAGUGCACUAACAUAGAAGGCUUAGAAAAUCUUGGUCGUCUUGAACAGUGUGAUAGUGAUGUUGUUGUAGAAGAUAAUGAAGAAUUAGAAAAAUGUGACCCAAACACUGUCAAAGUUAAAAGAAAAAGAAGAGGGAGGGGAAAGAGAGGACAAAUGCAAAAAUUUGGUGAUGGUGAAAUGAAGAGUCAUGAUCAUGUUCCAGAUUCUUGUACUCCAAAAGUUGAACCAGAAUUCAAUGAUUCAACUUCUUGCACACAAGAUGAUGAAACAAAAUUAAAAGGAGAUACACCAGUCCAUGAUUCUGAUGAUGAAGUAAAAGGCUGUGCUGUUCCUCCAGAUCAGCUCAGUGAGUGUGACUUCACAGAUGAUGAGAGUGGAUGUAGUGAAAUUCUUGAUUAUGAACAGGCACGAGAAGAUGAGGAGUUUAUCCGAGCUCAGUGGGAAGCCUACCAGGAACAGCAGAGAGAAAAAAAUGGUGACAGUGGUUCUCCAGUUAAGCAAGAAUUAUUGGCAGUCACAGAUGGGAUAAACACACUACAUUUAAACAAAAAAAAUUCAGCUGAAGAAAUUUGUACACAAAACUUGAAUAUUGAAAUGGAAAAGGGGGAACAGAGUGCCAAUUGUGUAAAUAGCUUAUCUACAGGUGACCAAGAAAUAGGUGUUGGCAGUGCAGUGAAAAUAGAUGCUAUGCUUCAUAACACAGAAUCCUUACAGGGUGCAAAGAAAAGGCGAAAGUCCAAGAAAAAAAAUAAAUGUACUAAAAGUGAACAUUUGGAAAAUAACCAUGUACCUUUUAAAGGAAAAUCUAGGAACGCCAAGGUAACACAUGAAGAAAUUGUAUGUAAGGUAAUCCUUGGUGCAGAACAGCAUAUUAGAUCUGUAGGAAAAUCUGAAAGUAAAACUGCAGUGAUGGAGAAGUCAGUUUCUGGAAGGGAGCUUGUUAAAGGCUGUAGUCCAGACACUUAUGAUGUCCAAAGAACAGGUGCUAAAAAUCAUAGACAGGGCUCUCAGGGACAUAAAAGUAUAGGUGAAACAUCUGGAAAAACUGUGUCAGGGGUAACAAUGACAAAUCAGCAUACUCCUGGCAACAGUAAAACUAGAGAAGCCAAACAUGUUUUGCCAAAUGUUAUCCAAGUUAUGAGGCUACCUGUAUGGGAGAAAUUUGUACAAAAGACAGCGCACGUUGUCUACAUUGUCACCCAAAAGCAUCCCAGAACAGCUGCAGGUACUUUAAAACUUUUUGCAGAUAAAAAUCCACAUUUAGCCCUCUUCUCACCUAGUGAUUAUCGCAUCCCAAGACUCAAAAUUCCUAUGGUACAGUGUCCUCCAGACUUUAUGGCAAGACAUCAGGAUUAUCUUUCAAGAAUAUUCCUGGCAAAAAUUGUAGAAUGGAAUGAGCCAAAAUUUGCCUUUGGAGCACUGGUGCGUGAUAUAGGUCAGGUUGGAGACAUCGAGGCAGAAACAGAGGCAUUGCUUAUGGAAAAUGAUGUAGAUUACUCAGAAUUCCCCGAAGCAGUGACGAAAGAUUUACCAUCAGUCCCUUGGUCAAUCCCUCCUAAGGAAAUUAAUAAUCGCACAGAUUUAAGGAAUGAAUGCAUCUUCACCAUUGACCCUUCAACAGCAAGGGACCUUGAUGAUGCCAUGUCCUGUCAACCCCUGCCUUCUGGGAAUUUCAGAGUGGGAGUGCAUAUUGCAGAUGUUAGUUACUUCAUAGCUGAGGAAAGCCCACUGGACAUAAUGGCUUCAGAGAGAGCCACAAGCAUCUACCUCACUCAGAAGGUAAUCCCAAUGUUGCCCAGGGUACUUUGUGAGCAUUUGUGCUCCUUAAACCCAGGAGAGGAUCGCCUGGCCUUUUCAGUCAUUUGGGAACUUGAUCCAAAAGGUAAAGUGAUUGGCGAGUGGUUUGGACGUACUGUUAUUCGCUCCUGUGUUAAAUUAUCAUAUGAUCAUGCACAGAAUAUGAUUGAAGAUCCAGGAAAAGAGUGGUCAAAAGAUGAAUUACCAGAAAUAACAGGGGGUUAUACCCCUCUUGAUAUAAGUAAAGUGGUCAACAAUCUUCAUGCAAUUGCAAAACAUCUCAGAAAAAAAAGAUUUGAUGAUGGUGCCUUAAGGUUAGAUCAGGUUAAGAUUGCCUUCAAUUUGGAUCAUGAAUCAGGAAUGCCAAAUGGCUUUUUUGAAUACAUCAUCAAAGAUAGUAACCGUUUAAUUGAAGAAUUUAUGCUUUUAGCAAAUAUAGCAGUAGCUCAUAAAAUCCACAAUAGCUACCCAGGUAUUGCAGUUCUGAGACGACAUCCUCCCCCACUUGAAAAACCCAUGGAAACUCUUCAAAGUGUUUUAGAGAGAAUGGACAUAUGCUUAGAUAUCAAGAGUGCAGGAGCAUUGCAAAGGUCUCUUCAACAUUAUAUUGGCGAUGACAAGUAUUCUUUGAAUAGGAUUCAAGUCAUUGUAUCGCUUUGUAGUAAACCUAUGCAAAAUGCCAAGUAUUUUUGUGCAGGAAUGGUAAAGGAUGAAUCAUUCAGUCAUUAUGCCUUGAAUGUUCCACUUUACACUCACUUUACAUCGCCUAUUCGUCGUUAUGCAGAUGUCAUGGUUCAUCGUAUAUUAGCUGCAGUUGUGGAGCCCAGCAGGUAUCAGCCUACAGUACGCAGUCAGCUACAACUUCAGAGGAUAACAGAAAGAUGUAAUGAUAGAAAACAAACAGGCAAGAUUGUCCAGGAAGUUAGUGGGGAACUGUAUCUGUCCCUUUUUAUUAAACAGGUAAAGGAAAUGGUGGAAGAAGCUAUGGUGACAAUGGUCCUGGAUCAUGCUUUCGAUGUUUUAGUUUUGAAGAUGGGAGUGAUCAAGAGAGUUUAUUUGGACAAAUUGCCAUUAACAUUCCAUCUCACCAAACAUGAGAUGGGGAAGUCUUUGCAUUUGGCAUGGAAUGCAGAGGGUAAUCUUCCUGUGCAGGAACAGAGAAUAAGUUUGUUUACCUUAGUAUCAGUAACACUUAAAGCUAAUGAUGGCAAUGCUUUAAAAUUUAAUGCUGUUCUUAGAAGACCACCUUAAUUUUGUAGGACAAUUUUUUUAAAGCUUUUAUCCGUAUCCAUCAUUUGUAUACACAAAAUUUUUUAACUUUUGACAGAUUUUUUUUUAGACUAUUUGGAUUUUUAAAUUUUUAGAAUUUUUAUAUAAGGCAGUUCCACCCUCCAAGUACCUGAUAGUACUUUCCCCUCAAAAGGAAUGUAAAGUAUAAUCUUGGAAAGUUGAAAAGGAAUGUGGCUCAUGAAUUUUCCAUCCACCCUAUAAGGAUUAUGAUGUUUAGCAUAGUAUGAAGAAUUACUUUGACAGUGAUAAUUAUUAAUUCACAUAAUACACAUAUUCAUAUAAGAAGAACUGUAAGUAUUCUGUUGUAUAGGGUUGAAACUGUGUGCUCUUGCUUAGCUAUUUAUCCGAUGGUAUUACCACUGGUAAAUUUGAGGGAAAUAUAUAUAUAUAUAUUUUGCAUUUAACUUGUUAAUCUAGAAUUUCCACACUGCUGUGUUAUAUGAGUUUUGGAAUUCUAGGGAAAGAUCAUUUGCUAUUAAGGGAAAUUCUUCAAUUCAUAUCAAAGGAGUCCUCCUAAAUAGUUUUGUUGUGAAAUUUUCCUUUUUUAGCACAUGUAAUUUUAAAUUCUUCAGGACAUUGUGUUUACAUACAAAUGUGAUACUGCAACCUUUUUUGUAAUAAAGUGGCCUGUUAUAACAAA